GUAGCUUAGUACAAUUCGAGUCAUAUUGACAUAGCCCAAUCAAAAUGAAUAAAUAUUUGUUUAUUGUAUUAUAAAGUAGUAGUAGUUGUUGUAAUUGCAGUAGAUAACAAUCCUCUUUUCCUCUUUUCCUCCCUUUUUUUUUUAAUUAUCAUUCUUAUUCUUAUUUUUUUUUUCUGUCAUGAAUUUUCUUUUUGGUAAAUUUUCUUUUAAAGGGGUCAUUUCAAACAAUGUUCGAUUUUAUUCAAAUAGCAAAAACAACGACAUAUUAAUUCAUUUCGAGAAUGCUAAAGUGCAUAGGUUCGGAGUCAACAAUAAACCGGCUUUUGAAAAUCUUUCUUUGACCUUAAAGAAAGAUGAACGUUGGGUAAUAGUUGGACCUGUAAGUGCGGGAAAAACAACUUUAGCUGAGACAAUUGCUGGAAAACAUGAAAUUAAACCCGUCUCCGCGGGGGAAUGGCCAAUUGUGGAGGAAAAGAAAAAGAAUUCUAUUUAUCAACAACAAAAAUCACUUUAUAUAACUGAUCAUAUUCAUUUAGUAUCAUUUAAAGAAAAUUCUAGUACAUUUUCAUAUCAACAUCAUUAUUUUCAGGAACGCUUUAAUUUUAGUGAUCCAGAUCAUGAUCUUUUAUUAAAGGAUUAUCUUGGUGGAGAGAAUGAAAAGAUAAAACAGGUUGCAAAACAAUUAGACAUUGACUCUUUACUUGAUUUAUCCUUUAUUAAGCUUUCAAAUGGUCAAACAAGGCGUGCAAGAAUUGCAAAAGCUUUACUAAAAUCACUCUCCAUGCUUGUAUUAGAUGAGCCAUUAAUGGGUCUAGAUAGACAACAUCGUUCUUAUUUAUUAAAUAGACUAGGCCAUCUUGCCAUAAACUCAUCUUUACCUAUCGUCUUGACCCUUCGACCUCAAGAUGAAUUCCCUUCUUGGGCAACUCAUGUACUUGAAUUAAAGAAAUUGUCGAUUGAAUGGAAGGGUAAAGCUGAAGAAUAUCUAAGAAAAAGAAACCAGGAAAUCAAAAGGAAGAAAGAAGUGACGAUUGAAAAGAAAAAAGAAGAAAGGAGAAUGAACGGUGUUGAUCCUAUUGUUGAAAUGAAACAUGUACAAGUGAUGUAUGGUAACAAAUUCAUUUUACGUGAUAUUACUUGGACAAUACAGAGAGGAGAACGAUGGGCUUUAUUAGGUCCAAACGGAUCAGGUAAAACCACUCUUUUAUCAUUUUUAACCGGUGAUCAUCCACAAGCAUAUGCAAAUGAUCUUUCAUUAUUUGGACGUCGUAGAGGAACAGGAGAAUCUAUUUGGGAGAUCAAACAAAGAGUUAGUUUAGUGAGUCCUGAAAUUCAUCUUUAUUUUAAUCCAUAUCAUACAGCUUUAGAAGCAGCCGGGACUGGCUUCUUUGAUGUCCUUCUUCCUCGUCCUAUCAAUGAAAAACAAACAAAGAUAAUUGAAAGGUUAUUUAAUGAAUUUGGUAUGACAUCCAUGUUGAAUAGACGAUUAAAAGACAUGUCGACUGGUGAGCAACGUAUAAUUUUACUUAUUCGAUCUUUGGUGAAAAUGCCUGAUUUAAUUAUUUGGGACGAGCCCUUUCAAGGUUUAGAUGAUACAAUGAUUAGUAAUGUAAAUGAUUGGUUAGAGAAACAUUUAAAGCCUGAACAGACAUUCAUCAUGGUCACACAUCAUGAAGAUGAAAUUCCAAGUACUGUUACUAGAAAACUUAGACUCGGUACUGGAGGUGUUCAAGUUGGAAUAGAAUAGAAUAGAAUAGUGAAUAAAUAAUUAAGUUUUAUUAAUGAAUAAAUAAAUAAAUAAAUAGAAUCUAU